GUGGGAUUUGGCAAGUUCACGCCUUGCUCUGACUACACACUUUUUACAUCUUACUUCACUCAGACUGUCCUACAACUUCCACUGUUCGCGAUGAGUAAUGUCUCCAAAUCCCGUGCCAUGGAUUCGAGGCUAGAUCAUCUUCAUGAAGCCUGGGAAUUCAGCCACACAAACCCUGACGAGAGCUUGAGCCGACCCCGUGGCAAAAUUCAUCGGUUUCUACGGAAGAUCAAGGGUUUGACUAAAAAAACAUCUAGCCGACCCCGUGGCAGAAUCCAUUGGUUUCUACGGAAGAUCAAGGGUUUGACUGAAAAAACAUCUGAACACUUUAGGCGUUCCAAGAGCCUCCCCAUUCAACGGAACGUCGACAAUGAACGUGCUUCGUCGAUUCAGAAUGUCGAGGACCCAUCGCAUCUUCAUCUUUCCAGGGACAACGACAAGCGUUCCACUAGUUAUCAAAAUCCCAAUAGCUUGAACCGAGGAUCAUCUCAAGAUCCAGUUUUGAAGGAAGCCCCUUCUGGCUUGGAGGAUGACGUCGGCGUCCGCCCAGUAAACACGAGCCUUCUGGAUGCCCAUGGAAUCAUAAACCACAUGAAUCCGCUCGCGAGAUCUGGGGCGGACAUUCACCCAAAUGUACAAACAAUUGUUGAUACUAACAUCUCCGUCCAACCUCAGACAGCUCUUAACGGAUAUCCAUAUCAUAUAUCGAACCUUGAUAUGUCGGCCUCUGCCUCAGAACCCGAAGAAACUCCUGUGCUGCAGUAUAUAAUCACCCACAUUUUUUGCCCCAUCAAGUUACCGCGGCGUGAUGAUUAUACUGCUGACAGAGAUCGCGCCCUCCUUGAUCUGGUGCUAGGCUCUGCUCGCAAUUUUGUGAGCCAUUUACCCCACAGCGAUCAAGAGCAUUGGAGUCAUUUGUUGAAGAUGCUGAAGCACCUUGGGGUUGCAACGACAUCUACUUCCCUGACACAGGAUGUUGAGUCGCAAGUUCGAUCUAUGCGUGCUGGAGAUAUUCUCGCAUAUGUGAUUCGAGCACAAAAUGCAGCUGUCGUGCUUCGUAGGCUUGGUGCAAAUACGAUAUUUGAAUCCUUUGAAGUUUCUCCAGUAGCGUCUGCUGUUAUGGCAGCACAGGGGAAGCUCCUCUGUUCUUAUCCAGGACCUGCAAUCGCCGUACCAAACUCAACUGUGGAUAACCCUACUUUUCUUCCUGAGUUGGCGAACUUUCUCAUGCAUAUGAACCACGAUGUGUUAGAUUCGGCAGCAACCACUGCCGAAGCGCAUUCCACAGUUCUCAAACACCGAGACACUGCACAUCCUCGCUAUAUCACCGAGCUUUUGACUGGCAUCCUGCGCGCCUUUGGCGAGCCAGCUGACAUCCCUCGUAUCCGAAAACGUAUAGGCGAUGAUGUCUCAUGUUCGAAGGACAACCUUGCGUGGCGGAGAUCAUCCCUAUGGCUUGUCAUAAGGGUCGUAUUGCAGACAUCCCUCGAGCGCACCACCCUUGGUCGACAGGGGUAUAAGGCCUUCAUGGCCUCGCUCAUGACGGACCUUGUAUUCAAAGCACUUCAGGAGGAUCUGUCGAGCGAUCUGCUCUACUUCAUGUCCACCAAAAUCAGUCGACGUUUGGUCAAGCUUCAAGUCGAAGACGGAUAUUUAGCGGAGAUGAUGCGCAACGCGACCGAGGGCGUCAAAAAUCGACUGGAACUGCGUUGGAGGGAGGUCCAGGUUGCCCAGGCACAUUUCCCUUACUGGGAUGCCUCGAAGAUCGACAUAGACAGAGACACCAGGCUCUCUUUGACAGCGAGCGAAGAGUAUAUCGCUGGUGUCUUACAAUAUACCUAUGUUCAACCUACAGUGCCAGAUUUUCAACCCGAUCAUCACCUAUGGGGCAGUAUCGACGACUUCCUUGAUCCCGAUGCCAAAUUCUUAGCGGGUGCUUAUGCUGAGGACCCUUUUUUAGCACUUUUUGAUUUUGAACAUGCCGUCGAGCAGGGCAUCGCUAGCUGGGUGGACAAAAUCAUCAACCUUGAUGCUGUUCACAUCAAUGCCGCUUGCCAGACCAUUCAAACGUGCGCCACGAGUUACGCCACCAAAGGGCGGCUUUCCUAUUCCAACAAUCCCGAAAACACAUCCAUCAUGCUUCUUACAUUGUUCGAACUAUGGGCCGCACUCGACAAGCUGGCUGUUAGAUCAAUCCCCCUCCUUAAAGACUAUUCUCCGGAGGUUCCAGUUACCAUUUUCAAUCGCCUUCUCCUUCAAAACGCCACUGCUUUAGCGCGUCUCAAACUUCUUCAACAGUAUGUUGCUGCUCGCAUCCGCGGCGCGCGCUUUGGUUUCUCUGUCUUCUCGGACAGCAUGGGCGUAGACACGUUCGCAGUGCGCUAUUAUCACCAAUCCAAGGAAUUACAGUCACUGAAGUGCAGGAUCGAGCACGAUGCAGCUGUCGAGUUGAGCAUGCGGAUGGACGAUCUUUACGAUAAGAGCAGCAGGUACCGACAUCUCACCCAUGACAUUAAUGCUCUCACAUGCGACACAUACAUGGAUCCGCGGGGUUCAAGUCGACACGAUGAUAGUGAUUGUCGCAGGUGCAGAAAAGUGCAGGAGAGGAGGCAUCUUUGCAUUGAAAUUCAUGAAUGGCCACUUCCUGACGAUGUCGACCAUGCAGCGGUAGUGACAUUUGAACUUGGUGCACCGAUCGCUUUCAAGAUGUGGCGAUCUUUUACCAUCCACCUUCUUCAUGACAUAUGCACCCCAGCUGUAAAACAAACUAGGAGCGCAGCACAAUUCAUGCUGCUCACACAUUACAAACCCUUUUUGGACUAUCACUUGGAGCGUACUGACCAGCAUAUCACGCUGGCCUCCGAAACACAAUCCUUCCUGACCUCUCAGAGCCGUUUCAAAUCCUUCCCAUGCACUGAAAGCGACAUCCGCUUCAACAAUCCGCUGCGUUUUCGCCUUUACAAUGCAACUAGAGGCGUUUGGGUGUCUAGCCUAUUUCAAAACAUCGACAUAUCUGAUCUAUGCACGUACGAGUUGCCGCCAGGCCCGUAUCACGGACUGCAAAAUUACCUGUCGAGCACCGAGCACACCUCCAAUGAGGUCUUAGCCAACCAGGCUUUGUGUCAUGGAGAAUUGACGCUCCACGAAUUCAUUGCUUUCGGCAACUUACGUAGCGGCAGCCUCCUGCAAUGGAUUAACAUUCUUCGUGAAUUCCGAGCACGCACGCUCGCCUUUCGUGAUCCAGAAGUCUAUUUUCUGUUGCUUCAGGCUAGCUGUGAGGUGGGAGAGCUUUCGGCGGAUGGGUAUAGGGUAUGGCACGAUGAGUUGCGAGUCUCAGAUUUUGGGCAUGCCCUUAUCGAUGAGCUCCAAAGCUUAAAAGUCAGUGUGGAAGCUAACUGGCUCGAGGGGCUAACAAUGGCAACCAUCUCCACUAUCACGUCCCGCCUUCUCUCAUCGGCAGAGGAUUCUGGUGUCAUCGAGCGAUCGUACAACUUGCUGCGCGUCGUCCGAGAUGCAACUUUCAAAUUAGUGCAAGAACUAUCCAAGGCUCUCCAAGAUGCAACAAACGAAAAUUCCCGUCGUGAAUGCCAGGACCACAUUCGCGAUAUCGCAGCAAUUUGUCGCAGCACCUACGACGUAGGCUCGGACAGUAUCAAAGAACUCCUCCAAUCACCACAUGACUUAGAGAUCUUGGUGUACUGCGCCGUUAUGUUGAGGGACAACACGCCUCUAAAUCUACAUGGUCUUCCCCUGGUUUCAAGGCUACUUCUUGAACGUGAUCGUCGGUUGUCACACUUCUUAGAGAUUCAUUUACACCGCCAUGUGGAAUAUGAUAGCCAAGGUCUUGAUCGGGCGAUGAUCAAUCUCUGGCCUGCAUACCGGCGCCACACCUACUGGACAGUACUUGAAUCUCCAAACUCUCGAUGGCUUAGAUGUGAUACAGCGCCUUCCAGCGAUGUAUCACGUCAGAUUAUUCACCUUGAUAUGUUGACGGGGUGCCUAUUGGUCGACGGCAAGCCCUUAAGGAGGCUACCGGUGUGCUUUUUGAAGCAUCCUAGCUACGGCGUACUCUUCAGUCAUCAAGAGCUUGAUGUUUUCCCUGCGGAAAUGCCCGGCUUCGAGUUUGCGACAAAAGCUCUCAUGCAUGGCUUUCAAAUAUUUUUCGGGAUGCGCAGUCAGGAAGUUGUCAUUCAGUCGAAACGUGUCAAUGGGGACGUCCUUGAGCUAAUACCUCGACAUAAGAUUGAGCCAGACAUCCCCGCAUUCUUGGUCGAAAAUCACGUGCAUUGGCUCAACCUAAGGACUCGUGCGAUCGAAUUUCGUCCGAAGGAGAGAAUGUGGGAGCCAUCUAACAAAAACUGGGAAAUGCGAUUUACGGAAGGCGGGCAUCCCACCUUUCACAUGAUAGCAAAGACACUGAGCCCACUAGAGGACUUCCGAUAUCUGGUUGUCACUUGCAAUGUGGAAGCGGGCCAGACCGUAGUCAAGGUCGUUCUCCCUCGGUUUGGUCUCUCUUUCUUUAAAGACAGAGAUGGGGACCUGCAUUCGCACGACCAGAGAGGCAUGGUUGUUGAUGAAAACCAGUCCACUGGCACAAUGCUCGGACUCGUUAACCAGCUCGUUUUACGCCCCAAAGAUCAACGGACUUACAGCAAUCGUUGUGUCAUCAUCCCACAAGGCGAUAUCAAAGUAGAGCCUAGAAACCACCAUAUCCAAGUCACCAUUCAUACAGCUUCUGAUGCUGUUCGCCUUUCCUAUCAUUGUUAUACCAUUGACGUGGAACUCUGUCGCCUGGUGGGAAACGUCGGUCUCACAAAUAAACUGUACAAGGUGUACCUGCACGCCAUGUGUAGUGCCCAUGUCCCAGACCCGUUGACUAAGCGCACCGGUUUGGAAGAAGCCAUGUAUUUGCUGCAAUCCGCUGCAUGCUAUUCCUUCAUGAAGCUCGACCCAUUCGACUGUGAGCUUCUAGCUCGACUAGGCUCCUUGACCGUCCAUCGAACAUGGCAUGAUACUCAGAAGAUGCACAUGCAGGAUAUCCAUUGGCAAGAUGGCUUGCCAUCUUAUGUGCUCCAGGAGACUCGGGUUGCAAUCUGUCCGAACUUUCCAGCGCGGGAAAAGUCCCUCCUAGAACGUGGCUCUCAGCGGUCUAUUGUCCUUUACUCCCGUGAUUUAGUCCAUUCCUUCUAUCCAAGCGAAUCAUUGAGCAGUGAAUAUACUGCAAGAGACGUGGUCCACUACUCAGUCGAUGAACAAAGGUCUUUUGAUUGUGCAUCGAUGGUGCGCGACUGGAGUAUCACUCUGGAACCUUGUCAGUCGCUCUACGAUGUUUUCGCUCGGUGGAACAAAGUGUCUGGGGAGAUGCACGAUGUAUCUCUUCAAUAUGACCAAGGAUGGUUGAACCCAGAGUUGGCCAAGAGAUGGAUAUCUGUCUGCGAACUUUGCCGCCACACCGAUCGGAAAACUCACACAUUCCAGCUCGCUUUCACACUAUCGGCCAUGGCUUACUCCUCUCCGGAGAAUAUGGCACUCACAGCAACCAUGUUUGCAUUUGCCGCUAUUCCCAAAUUCCGCGCCAUCUCCUCCCCUGGAUAUGAUCUAUAUGACCUUUCCUUCGGGAUAGAACCCCUGGAACAUAGUCUCUGCCGUCACAUCUCCUCGCAUACUACCUUCGACAACAGUCCUGAGGCGUCCUUGUCUAGUGACUGUCACGAGUCAUCUAGUGAUUUUAAUGCUCGGCGACAAGAUCUCUUCCGAUCACAGUGUCUUCGUGAGCAGAAAGAGGCGGUCAACGUCCUUCUUGGUUGUUGGCCUUGUGAUUCCGUCCCUAGGCGUGCACUGGAGUGUCUUAGCGAUACUCGAUAUGACAGGUCCACACUUGCAGCUGCCCUUGAAAAACUAUAUUUGAACUGCUAUCGCAAUCAUCGCCUGAAGAUAUAUUGGGAUCAAGUGCAGGAUGUGCUCAAUGAAGUGAAACGAAUCCCCUCGCCGUCUGUCAACUUGAAGCAACCGUACACAUUCACUCCGAGCAAUUCAGUUCCCGUAUCAGUAAUCACCGCUGUCCUUACCGAAGACUUGCUCAAAAAGCCCGCUCCUGUUAUUACAUUACUAUCAGAUCCACUCACACAACUUGAAAACCCUGUCCCACUGACUGACAAUUCUUCUGGUAGCGGGUUCGAUUCGACUGCACUGGAGCAUGUCAUCGCGACCUUCUCACGAUCUCGAUUUGAUGCCUUUGGUCGCCAGUAUGCUACAGAUCUAGAAGACAGCAGAAUCAAUCUAGAUAACCGACAAUCAUCAAUCUCCUCGAGCCCAACCCCGACAGCUGACAUGUUGCAACACCAUCAUGCACGUUGUAAUGAGCUCUAUAGCAACACUUUUCGCAACUUGGAAAAACAUCUAGCUCCCUCAAGUGUGGCGGAGUGGAGUUUGUUCAACUCUGGGCAAUGGCCACGCAUUACUGUUUCAUUUCUACUCCAGCUUCUUGCCGCCAUGUCAAGGAUACCUCUUCGUGACUCGUGGAAAAACUGCUUUGACCAAUUUCGCUCACAUUCUUCUUCGGUUACAACGAUCAAAACGACUUCUGAGGCUGGUAGCUGGUGGGGACCACGAAGAGCAGAGAACCGGUUCCUUAUCCGUCCCAUGCAAGCCAGUGUGGCAACCGAGAUGAUAUUUCCAAGCACUGGAGACAAUACUGCUCUGCAGCUUCACAUGGGGGAAGGAAAAUCUUCUGUGAUCGUACCUAUCUGUUGUGCUGCACUAGCAGAUGGCAGCAAGUUGGUCCGCGUUGUCGUGCCCAAGCCUCUGGCAGUGCAAAUGUUUCAGCUACUCGUGGAACGGCUUGGUGGCCUUACCAACAGGCGAAUUUUCUACCUGCCAUUCUCACGGUCUUCUCCAGUUACCCUCGAACAUGCAGAAAUCAUCCAGUCGCUGUUUGACGAGUGCAAAAGAGUUGGCGGUAUCCUUAUCGCUCAACCAGAUCAUGUUCUCUCUUUCAAGUUAAUGACCGUGGAGCAGCAGCUUUCCUCCACGAAGGCAAGUGGACAGCGCUCACUGACUGGGCCUGCCACAUCCCUGUUGAACAGUCAACGGUGGCUUGAUAGAUACACUCGUGACAUACUCGAUGAAAGCGAUGAACUCCUGCGUGUUCGCUUUCAACUUGUCUAUGCUAUGGGUCACCAACAGCACAUGGAGGGACAUCCCGACCGAUGGACCACAACACAACAAGUGAUGACUCUUGUAGCAAAACACGCUCGUCACUUGCAUCAAGAAUUUCCUCUUGGAGUAGAGUUUAAGCCGGGUGCCAUCGGAAGCUUUUCACGUUUCAGAGUCCUGGACGUCCGUGCGGGCGAAAAGUUGGUCCAGCUGGUAGCUGAUGACGUCCUUGAUGGAGGACUUCCCAAUUUUGCCUUAGGGCAUGUGCCUUCUCAUAUAAAAGAUGCCAUCCGCAAGUGUGUUACUGUACCUGCUAUUGACGUGCAGUGCCUUGAUCGAGUCCGAAGUUAUUGCGCUGGCUCUAGUCUGUGGAAUGGACUACUGCUUAUUCGAGGUCUCCUUGCGGUCGGUAUACUAGUAUCCACAUUGAAGGAGCGGCAAUGGCGUAUAGAUUACGGUCUGGAUCCUCGACGCACGUUGCUCGCUGUGCCAUACCGAGCCAAAGAUGUUCCCUCUUCCAAGGCGGAAUUUGGACAUCCAGACCUCUCAAUCGCCCUUACAUGUCUUUCAUACUACUACGCAGGGCUUACUGAGAACCAGUUAGCCACCUGCUUCCACCAGCUGCGGAAGCAAGACAAUCCUGCAUUGGAGUAUGAGACGUGGAUCAAGGGGUUGCCUCUAAAUGUGCUUCCAGAUAACCUGCGAUACCUCAAUGGAAUCAACAUGCACUCUACUGAGCAGUUCACUGCCCGUUUAGUGCCUCUCUUCGCACACAACAAGGCUGUUGUAGACUUCUUCUUGGCUCAGAUCGUCUUUCCAAAAGAGGCGAAGCAUGCGCUAGCCCACCAGCGUGGUACGAACGCCAGAGUUCUCACGUACCUUUUGCAGUGCGAGAAUGAUCAUUACGAUUCGCAUGCAGCCGGUAAAGGCGCUCGGGAACUCCUUAGAGUCAUCGCAAAGCAGUUGCCAGAAAUACGGGUCUUGCUCGAUGUGGGUGCACGGGUGCUUGAAUUGCAGAAUGACGAGGUGGCGGAUAUGUGGCUAGAAAUCAACCAGGAUGCUCAAGCGGCAAUCUAUUUCAAUGAACACGAUGAGCUUGUGGUGCGCACUCGAGAUCAAGUCGUAGAGCCAUUUAUCGUGUCUUACUAUGCUCAACAACUGGAUAAGUGUGUCUUGUACCUGGAUGACGCACACACCCGAGGAACGGAUGUCAAUUUGCCCCGGGGAUUCCGCGCAGCUGUCACAUUGGGUCCAAAGGUCACUAAGGACCGCCUUGUUCAAGGUUGCAUGCGCAUGAGAAAGCUCGGCCACGGCCAUUCGGUCAUGUUUUUUGCACCUCCAGAGGUAGACCGCAACAUUCGGGAUGUGAACAACAAGGACAACACUGAGGACAUUCACGUGUCGGAUAUCCUCGUGUGGGCGAUGGCUGAAACGUGCUUGGACAUUCAACAUCAUGCUCCACAAUGGCUUCAGCAUGGAAUGGAUUACAGAUCUCGCCACCGUUCAUGGUCUUCAUUCUUAUCUGACAAAGUUACUCCUGCUGCAUUCGCCCUCUCGUGGCUUCAGCCAGAAGCCAAGCACUUGGAAAGGUUGUAUGCUACAGCUCCUGUGAGCUACUCCGCUUCCCAGACAUCGGUAGAUGAAGAUCUGUUGGAGAGAUUCCAUAAGCUGGGAUUCAGCAUCUUGCCCGACAACCGCCUGGACGAAGAGCAAGUGAGAGAAGUGGUGAAUGAAGUCGAGCUUCAGCGCGAGGUUGAGAGACCACUGCUGGUGACGCCUGCAAACCACGUGAUUGACAAGGAUGUCCAGUUCUUCAUUCGAACAGGCUGCAUUCCAAAAGAUUCUGGCGUGUUCACUCCAAUCUUCGACGUUCUUACCACAACUUCGGCUGCCAUCUCGAGCAGUCAGCCGUGGACCCAUCACAUACUUGCCUCGAGGGAUUUCGCUACAGCUCUGGUCGGCUUCUCGGACAAAACAGACAACUACAUUCGCCCAGUCAAUUGGAUUCUUUCAAGCGCGGCGUCAAGAGUGCUGGUCAUAAUAAGCCCCUUCGAGGCCAACACUUUACUACCAGAUAUCCGAACAAGUCUGCAAGUUCACUUGCAUAUUUAUACACCACGCGUCAUCAGAAUGAUGAAGCCAUGCGAUGAUUUGCGCCUUUACAGUAUACCAUCACUUCCCAUGCAGUGGACGCCACAUGAAGCUCUCAUCCUGCAACUUAAUAUCUUUGCUGGACAACUAUACUUUCUUCAUCACAGCACGUAUGUGCAGUUGUGCCGCUUCUUGGGGAUCUACAUCGCAGAUAUUGAGGGUCAGGGUGCGUUUGAAGUUCAAAGCGAUGGAUUCAUUAGACCAGAGGAUCUACCUCCUACUGCAAAUCAACCCCGCCUUUUCGAACAGUCGCCCAUCCCCAUGUUGAAAGCUCUUUUCAGUAUCAGGCGCAAGGGAAUGGGGUACUUGCCCACCCACAUCGGGAAGCUAUUGAGCGCUCAACGGUUGACAAACGAAGACUUUGAGGAGACCGCCUGGUUGAAUUCUUCUAGUUCAUGUAUCUUCUUUGCCCUUCCCUUUUAUGUCUCACUAUCUACUAUUCAAAGGAUCACCGUCGAAGAAGGAUUAAUUGCUAGCCAACAAUAUUAUUUUUCUUUUAUGAGAUAA